AUGCUAAAAAUUAUGAACCAGAAAACGCUGCUGCUUGCGAACGUCGCAUCAGCAUGCAUCCUUGUGUACGCCCUGAGUAAGUACCACCCCGAGAAGACGAAUAAAAUUUUGCACCAAAUUGAAGGGGUGGCCAAAUGGCUACUUAAAACUCCUCAAAUUCUAAUUCAUAAAUGGUAUGGAGAGUGGAAAAAAAAAAAAAAAAUACAACUCCCUGUAGUAGACAAAGAUGUUACCAUCAAUUUAAGUGACGACGACUUAGAUAAAAAAUUCCUUCAAGCUUGCAAAGCAGUGAAGAUAAACAGAAGUCAGUUCAAAUUUGAAGAGUGGAUUUACCUGUAUGGCUUGUAUAAACAAGUAACCGCUGGAGACAUGAACCCAGAUGUGGGUGAUUCAGACAAGCAGUUAAAAGAAGAGUCGAGCGGGGACAAAGGAACACCCACGAAGAGUGGAGUACGCGAAGGAGGAAACAAGUAUCUGAUGGAUGCUAAAUUGAACGCAUGGAAACAUUUCCACGGAGUUAGUAAAAGGGUAUGCAAAUUUUUGUACAUGGAAUUUGUUGAGAAGACCCUUCCCCAGGGGAUAAAAGAGGAGAGCUACAGUGACACAUUCGACUUUAAGAAAACGAUGAGCAAGAUGAAGCCUCUGCAGGAUAUGCUCCUAGGAGUUACACAAGGGAGUUACCUUAAUGACAAGGACAACGUUGAUGAUACAAACAAUUUGAGUGACCCCCUCUGUAGACAUGUGGUACAGGCAAAUCUGCAAUACAUAAAAAGUGCCUUAAAAAAUAACCCAUACUUGGUAAAUAAAAGAAACUCAGAUGGACUGUGCGCCUUGCAUUAUGCAUGCGAUAGGGGGUACCUAGACAUUGUAAAAGUUUUAAUCGAGUAUGGUGCUGAUGUGAAUGCAGACGAUUCUUUUGGAGACACUGCCCUUCACAUUGCUGCGUAUUCAGGCAAGACGGACAUUAUAAAAUAUUUAACCAGCGUCGGUGCUGAUGUAAAUAGGAAGAACUCAGAAGGGUUGACCUUCAACUCGAUACUUAGUCAAGAGACGGAGUUGUACUAA